AUGGUAGCUAUUGCUAUGUCCUCACCAAAAUCCACGAUAUUGCAGAACCGAAUUUCUCUCAGAGAACCAAGUUCUAGUUUUGUUUCUGGGUCCUCCUUGAAGGGUCUUUGCUUACAGUUGAAACCCAGAAGAAGCAAGAAUAAAGAUGUCAUCGGUUUGGUUGUUACUGCUACAAACACCAGUAACAUCAGUGAUACUAGUGGUGGUGGAAGGUUUUAUUUCAACUUCACUGGGUUUCCAUUCCCUCUCGGUCCUUUCCUCAAUAGGCGCACAAUCAGGACAGAGGCUGUGAAAGACUGCAUAUGGCUGUUUGAACAAGAACAAGCAUUGGGCUUUAGCAGUGUCUCCACAAACAUUCGAAUGACAGUCAUCAAGCUCAAAUCCGGAGGACUAUGGGUUCAUGCACCCAUUGCUCCGACCAUGGAGUGCAUUCAGGUUCUGAUAAUGCUUUCUAUCUUUAUUAUUUUGGAGUCUGACGAGCUAGCAUAUUCCCUUUUGUCUCUCAUAGCCUUCUACACGGGUAUAUUUGUUUCACAUUGUUAA